GUCCGGGACAUUAUUAUCGUAACGAAACCGCAAAAAUAUUGUGAUGAAUUGAGUUCGGAUGGUGGGAUUCCUGUGUCCAUGCUGUCAUGAAGAAUUGCUGUCAAAUUUGAACUUUGCAUGCAGUCCAUAAAUUCCAUCAUGUUGUGAUAGUGGCUGUAUACAUUUUAUAUACGUCAUUCACAGAGCGCUUAUAGUGAACAAUUCGGUAGUCCGACUUUAUUAUCAAGAGUGCGAAGUUUUAUAUUGCACCGUGACAGGCGAGAGAAGAACAUUGCCACCUUUUAUUGUUCGAACAAUGAUUUAUGACAAUACAUCGAUCUCUUUUUAUUGCUGCAAUUCAUAAUUCGGUAAGUUCAGACCCGCAUAAUUUGGGAUCGCAGUCUAUCCUUGAACACGGAUAUACCAUAUCACUAUAAUAUGUCCAUGACUCUGACUGUGACCGUGGUUUUGGAAAGCCUGUAUCAAACCAGGAUAAAAUGUUUAUCUUUGACUGGCUUUGUAAUAAGCUGACUUCACAGUUAUCAACGCGGAAACAGGAUUAUAAACUGGCAGCUGUUUAUAUAUAAACUUCCGGAAGCAAACUAUAUCUCUGGAAGAAAUGUCGUGAACAUGAUAUCAUCAUGACUUUGUAGGCCGUAAUUGACAUUUGAAGUGCUCUAUUUUCAUUGUCUUCAUCGUAAUUUUUCAUCAUGAGAUCAGAAAUGGAAGAACAGUAACAGCCAAGGGUCCAUUGUGGAUUGAAAGGACACGCAACGAUGUGAGUGGAAACAGAACUGUAUACAAUAUAUAAAUUUGGUUCCCACGCGUGGCGGGAAAACUUUGCGGGUCGUCUGCUUCACAAAUAAAUUUCAUAUUCAGUUCGUCAUACUGCGAGAAGAAGAAAAAAAAAUGUUCCACACGUGUGAAUUCGGAAUACUGUCUGGUGUCUUACCGGGGGACUCCAGACUAAAUAAAAGGGACCGAUCGCAGAGAUGCAAUGAAUGUGACACGAUGUCAAAGAAGAUCAUAUCAGAAAAGGAGAUCCAGGAAUCUGUGGUCGUCUUAAAAGACAGAUUGCGAAUAAUGCAGAUCAUGGUUGACGACUGCGCCGACAUGUUCCAACAGAAGAAGAUCAAGAAAUGGAAAGCGGCAAGGCGACAAUCGCGUGAUGCCCACUACGAGUUGGACUGGAAUAUCAUCGGUUGUGUUCUCAUCAUUAUAUUCUGUUUCCUGUUUCGUUCUGCCAUAGCUCUUAUUCGCGGUCCUGUAGUUCUGGAACCUUGCAUUGAGCUAGAGCCCAUCGCAGAGCCCGUAAACUGAACCAGGAAAAUAAUACAAAUUUUAGUAGGCCUACAUGCAU